CCCCCCUCCAUACACACACCUUUUCUCUCUCUCCUCACCUCACAUUCUGACUGUAUCCCAGCAUUCCUGGCAACCAGACCAGGACACACAGACAGACAGGCAGACAAGGACAGACAGACAGGCAGACUAGGACAGACAGAUAGGCAGACAGACAGGCAGACUAGGACAGACAGACAGGCAGACUAGGACAGACAGGCUGAUCGGACUUGAGGAUGACAGAAGUGUCAGCGUCAGUCUGCAUGCUUCCAGUCUUCCUUUGCUCUAACUUGACAGCACCAAAACAUUCUGGAUCCACACUUCUUCUUGUUGAUUUUCUGCUGACUUUAAGCAGUUUGUCAGACACUUCCACCCCACCCCCCCAAAAAAAGACAGGCGGCAACAAGCUCGGCCGAACAUUUACAAACUAGCACAUGAGACAAGGCGAUGACUGUCUCCUAAAGAGAAGACACACGGGGGUCGUCAUGUACCUCCUCUUUGAUAUGGAUCCAAUCUUUGCCAGCCGGGGACAUUUUGAACGCUUAAAAGGAUUUUGACUCACAUCCUUGACACACACACACACACUCAGAGAAUCCUCCAUGCAGGAUGUGUGUGUCCAGGCAUUCACCUUGGGUCACGCUGUACUUAAAGCUCCAUUAGGGGUCAACUGGUGUAAAGAUGUUUUCUUCGACAGAGGGCUCACUCUUGAAAGAACCCCAAACGGGGACAGAUGGGUAGAAAGUUGGCAAGUGAGAUGCGUGUAAAAGCACAAAGACAUGAGAGAAUCUGCAGGAAAGUGCAACAAAGCGUCCAGGGGGUGAGGGAGUUCAUCGUCCGGGGCAACACAACACGGUGACACAAACGCACACACACACACGAGAAAAAGAAAGCUUGAAGCUGCUCCACCAUGAUGGAGAGGAUUAACCCUGAAGAGACCCAGGCCUCCCCACACCUGGGCCCAGGCUCCUCCUCGCCUCCGUGUGAGCCUCACAGUCCGCUUCUGGCAUCUUCCAAAGAUGUCCCCGCCACCCUGAGGACCACCUCAGCCAACUUAACAGACACAGAUACACCGGAGCCGGUCGUCAUGGAGACGGAUGAGUCCCGAGGAAGACCAACAUCCAAAUCUCCCACACUCUCCUCCCCACCGCCGCUUCUCCCCAAGACAAGCCUGGGCCCGCUCCCACCUCCACCUCCACCCUCCUCAUCCUCAACUCUUCCUCCUCACGUCCCAGUCAUCAGUCUGGCCCACAGCAAGCCCCCGCUCCCCCUCCCCAACACGCCUCUGACCACGCUGCACCCGUUCCCCACAAAGCAUCCUCACCUGGAGCUCCACCACAGCCAGCUGGCCUGUUUGCCCGCGUCCAGCUCAGGAGGCGGUCCAUCUGGGGCCUCGCCAGGACCGAUGAUGGCUCAGCCGUACCUGCACCUUCAUCCGUUCUUCUCCAGUUCAUACUUGGGUACCUCAGGAGGAAGCUUUGGAGUCAUCACCAGCAGCCGCAUUAAGAGGAGACCUUCGUCACACUUUGAGAUGGAGAUCAAUGAACCAGGUCCUCCUCAGAAAAUCGCUCGCCGUGUCUUCACUAACAGCCGUGAGCGCUGGCGGCAGCAGAACGUGAACGGCGCCUUUUCGGAGCUGAGGAAGCUCAUCCCCACGCAUCCGCCCGACAAGAAGCUGAGCAAGAACGAGAUCCUACGUCUGGCCGUCAAGUACAUCAACUUCCUGGUCACCUUGCUCAGCGACCAGGCCCGGGACACGAGCAAGGAUUCAUCUGGGGAGGAGGCGGAGCUCCGGAACAUUGACUCGUCCGGACCCGAGGACAAACUGGAAGCACCUUUUCAGUGCGACACCCCACCCCCGUCCCACAGCUCCUCGCCACCCCCCGCAUCGAGGACCCGCCCAGGCCGAGACUCCACGGAAUCGGUGGUGCAGCUCACCGCCUUGUCGGCAAGCUCCGGUUGCGACAGCGACACGAACAGCGAGGACAGCUUUGGGGCAAAGGCCUCUGUGGUGACACGUUGCAUUCUGGGGGAGGUCAGGGGUCAGAUUAGGAUGGUGGCAGCUACCAGUGAUGAGCGGUGAGGACUAAAGGAAGCAGACCGAGGGAAAAUGUCCGACUGGAUGAAAUACCAAAGAGACUGAUUGUCGUGUCUGUAUAUCUAAACAUCACCCACAAAAACAAUGGACCAUUGCUAAUUAGCAUAGCCACGCCCCUUUUCUUUAGCCAACAACUAGUGAAGGCUGUUGUUUGUAUCGGUACAUCCAUUGACAGCAACACAGAGGAACACGCUUAUGUUGACAACGCAACAAGCCUCGUUUACAGUGUUCUUAUUAAAAAGUCAGCCACUUUUGUCAUUUCUUCAAAAAAAUUGGUCCGUUUAGGACUUUAAGUCAAUCCUUUGUACAAACCCCCAAAUCAGUGAGGUGGUAAUGGUAAAUGAAAACAGAAUACAAUGAUUUGCAAAAACAAGAUACUUAAAGUUCGAAUUGGAAACGUUAUUUUGUGCCAAUGAUUGUCACACACACGCGAGGUGUGGCGAAAUUAUUUUCUGCAUUUGACCCAUCACCCUUGAUCACCCCCUGGGAGGUGAGGGGAGCAGUGAGCAGCAGCAGUGGCCGCGCCCGGGAAUCAUUUUGGUGAUUUAACCCCCAAUUCCAACCCUUGAUGCUGAGUGCCAAGCAGGGAGGUAAUGGGUUCCAUUUUUAUAGUCUUUGGUAUGACUCGGCCGGGGUUUGAACUCACAACCUACCGAUCUCAGGGCGGACACUCUAACCACUUGGCCACUGAGUAGAUUAACUCAUCUAGAAUUUAAAGAAUGAGAAAGUUGAGGAAUGCUCAUCAAACACUUUUUUGGAACAUCCCACAGGCGAACAGGCUAAUUGGGAACAGGUGGGUGCCAUAAUUGGGUAUAAAAGCAGUUUCCAUGAAAUGCUCCCCAGGUGCAUGUUAUUGGCUGUGAGAGGAACACCGCCAAAAACAUGGGGAGAACAUGCAAACUCCACAUAGAAAGGUCCCGAGCCCGGGAUUGAACCCAGGACUACUCAGGACCUUCGUAUUGUGAGGCACAUGCACUAACCCCUGUGAGUGUGAAUGUAGUCUGUCUAUCUGUGUUGGCCAUGCGGUGAGGUGGCGACUUGUCCAGGGUGUACUCCGCCUCCCGCCCAAAUGAAGCUGAGAUAGGCUCCAGCGACCCCGAAAGGGACAAGCGGUAAAAAAUGGAUCGAUGGAUGGGUCCACAAACAAGGAUGGGGCGAGGUUGUGGUACAAUAUGAAUCCUAAAAUACGACAACGGAGAGCUCGGACUGUUGAACAACUUAAGCUGUACAUCAAGCAAGAAUGGGAAAGAAUUCCACCUGAAAUGCUUCAAAAAUUGGUCUCCUCAGUUCCCAAACGUUUACUGACUGUUGUUAAAAGGAAAGGCCAUGUAACACAGUGGUAAAAAUGCCCCUGUGCCAUUGUGUUGCUGCCAAGUUAAUGAUUAUUUGCAAAACAAAAUUAAGUUUCCAAUUUAAACGUUAAGUAUCUCAUCUCUGCAGUCUAUUCAAUUGAAUAUAAGUUGAAAAGGAUUUGCAAAUAAUUGUAUUCUGUUUUUAUUUAGGAGUUACACAACGUGCCAACUUCACUGGUUUUGGGCUUUGUGGUAUUGCCAGUGGAGGCAGGUGUGUGACACAGCCUCACCGGUCAUCAUGAAAAAAGUAAUAAUGAAAGUAUGAACUAAAUAUUUGUUGUCCAUUAAACUGUGAUAUAAAUGUUUUUCUAUGUAAUUCUAAUGUUUUUGUUGAUUUUCUGGAAAAGAAAUUGCAAAAUAUCAACUCCUGCAAUGAUGA